UGUGACCGUGCGUGGGCAGAACACAAACUAAUGGAAUAAAAUAAAAUAAAUGGAGUAAGAUCGAAUUUUAUCAAGUAAAACUACGGAACGGAACAAAAUGAUCUGUCGCCUGUGUCUGAACGCGCUGGACGAGCAGAGCGCUGUGCUGCUAUUCGGCGGCAGCGCCGGCGGAGCCAGUGCGUCCGCCCCAGAGGACGAGGACGACGGAAAGGCGAUGCCGGAGAGCUAUCUGGUGCAGCUGAUCUCGAUUCACUUGUAUCUCUGCCUCUCCCGCGACGAUGCCAUCUCCACCUGCAUUUGCACCGAGUGCUGUUCGCAACUGGAGAGCUUUCACAACUUCUGGAAGCUGGUAGAGCUGAAGCAGACGACGCUGUGCAGCCAGUUCCUGGCCAUCGAUUGCGAUGUCAACUGGUCGGAGGAGGGCAGCGAGGUGCAGGAGGAGCCGCCGGACAUGGACGCACAGCCCCAGCUGCUGCCGGCGGAGGAGACCAAGGUCGUCACGCCCACCACGGCCAAUAAGUUCCCCUGCAUGUUCUGCGAGAAAUCCUUCAAGAUGCGACGCUACCUGGAGGAGCACAUAGCCACGCACACCGGCGACCGGCCCAUCGCCUGUCCAUACUGCGAGAUGGCCUUCCGCUGCCGUUCGAAUAUGUACACCCAUGUGAAGAGCAAGCACACCACCCAAUGGCUAAAGGCGCGCGAGGAGCGGGAUGCGGCCAAGUCGGGCCAGAAUCACACGGCACCGGAGGAGUCAGCUCCUGCACCGGCUCCGGCUCCAGCUCCUGCUCCUGCUCCUGCUCUUACUGUUGUUGCUCCCCCUCAUCCCCCUGCCAUUUCUACCCAUCAGGCUGCGGCUGCGGCUGCUGCUGCUCCUCCACUCCCACCAUCCACCCAACCACAACAGCUGCCCCUGUCCGUGAUCAAAGGCCAGCCAAGCGAGGCCAUAAACCUGACCAUCACCAAGACCCCACCAUCCGCCAGCCGGGGCUCACGCAAUCGGUCCAGUCGCCGCAAGACGCACUCGCCGAAAAAGGUCCAGCACACGGAGGGCAGCGAUGCCAGCGACGAGGAUUCGCCCCAAAAGAGGCUCAAGGAGAACGAGCUCAUGCUGGCCAACUACAAUGCGGUGGCGGCGGCUGUGGUGGCAGCCGCUUCGCUCACGGGCAAUCCUGCAGGACAAACGGACAGCCUGCAGCAGCGCCUGUGCGUGAGUCUGCUGCAGCAACAGCAGCAGGAGCAACUAUUUGCUGUCAUGUCGGCUGCAGCGGCGGCAGUGGGAACGAGUAGUGCUGCCACCACAACGACGACGACGACUACAGGGGCAAUGUUGGUCCAUCCCUACGGGAAUCCAUCGUCAGAGACGGAGAAGCCCGCUGCGCUACAGGCCGUCAUCCAUGCCGCCGCACCCGUCUCGGUCAUUUGUCCCAACUGUGGCGAGCUUCCUGGCCAGAAUCAUCGCUGCCUGAGCAAGCCCAAGUAUGCCUGCGAUGUGUGCGGCAAGUGCUUCAAGAUGAAGCGGUAUUUGGAGGAGCACUUUGCCACCCACACGGGCGUCAAGCUGCACACCUGCGCCUUCUGCCCCACGGAGUUCCGGUCCAAGUCGAAUAUGUACCACCACACCAAGCGCAAGCACAAAGCGGAAUGGGAACGGUCGCGCGCCACGCGCUCAGCGGCCAAGGCGGGCGUCCAGGAGCAGGGGCAGCAUACCGGUCCGCCACAGGCUCAGCCAGGACCGGCUGCUGCUGCUCUCUAGGAUGUCCGCGGAAUGCUUAGUUUUAGAUCUUUACAAUUAUAUAUAUAUACAUAUAUUUUUUUGCAUAUUAGCCAUACCGAAUACCGAUUGUACUUAUCCCAAGUUUCGUGUACUCCACCACAAAGUCCCGGCGCCUCCACGUCGGGCACCUAUUGUGUAUACUCUUCUCGUUCUCUAUAAUGCCUUGACCAGUUGGAUUGCAUCUGGUUAUAAAGUAAACAUUCAUUUUAACAAAA